AUGGCGAAGGCAGUGGUCUAUGCGCUACUUGCCACCGCCUUUAUCCUUGUCAUGGUCUUCUGUCCCUCCAAACAACAUGGCCACCACGAUCAUCUUGGCCUAAACCGGCGUCUUGGCUUCAGAGAUCAUGUCCCGGUUUUCGACCCUCUUGUUGCCAAGAUGGAGCGAUAUGCGGAGGAAAAUGGAUUAGGAGGCCAAACUCAUAACCUGGAUUUGGUGGAACACAGUCCCAUGAUGGAUACCAGUGAGGUUGAAGAAGUACAUGAAUAUUUUAGCGACGAGGGAAAGUUGAACCUCACAUUGAGGCUGCUCAGUUUGUUCCCUUUGAUAGACCAGGCACCAAAAGAUAGCUACAUUAGCUCCAAUGAACUCAAGCACUGGCUCACACAACAGGCCGUGGAAAGGUUGAAUUACAGGACCCAAAAAGAAAUGGAAUCAUAUGAUAAAGAUGGGGAUGGAAACAUUUCUUUCAGCGAGUAUCAGCCCAAGUUUUCCAGUCAGGAUAUCAAGAAAAAUGGAAUGGAGCAUGGAGAAGCUGGAUGGUGGAAGCAGCAAUUUGAUAAUGCAGAUGCUGAUAAGAAUGGAACUCUUACCUUCAAUGAAUUUAAAGAUUUGCUGCACCCAGAAGACAGUAAUAACAGCGACAUUCAUAAAUGGCUGUUGGCAGAAAAAAUGAAACGAAUGGACCAGGAUGACGAUGGAAAACUAAAUUUCAUGGAAUUUUCACACAAUGCUUAUGAUAGUUUCAAGAGUUACGUCGAAUUCGAAACAGGCGGGGUCAAAGCACCCACAGCAGAAGAGAAAUUUGCAGAGCUUGAUUUGAACAAGGACAAUCUCUUGGAAGUGGAAGAAUUGAAACCCCUGCUGCAUUACCUUCACCCAGGAGAACUGUCCUAUAGUAAUUAUUAUGCAAGUUUUCUUAUGUCUGAGGCGGAUGAUAACAAAGACGGCAAAUUAACGCUGGAUGAGAUGCUGGAUCAUGAUUAUGUUUUCUACAGCACAGUCUAUGAUGCCGGCGUUAAUGACGAUAAUGAAGAAGAUUAUCACGACGAAUUCUAAAGUGUGAUGUGAUCCCAUGGAAAUGCUUUUUUUUUUUUUUUAAAAUAUUCUUUUUGGCGGAAGCUUAUCUUAAUUUUGUAAUUUUGUAAUUUUGUAAUUUUUAUUUUUCAUUUGAAGUUGCUAAAAAUACUCCAGAAAAAAAUAGAGCAAAAGAUAAUUAUGUCUUUCUUUAGGUUAAACAUUGAGUGAUGAAAGCUAGUGGUAACUGGGUAUUUAGGAUCGUGUCUUGUUAGAAGCAAAAUAGAAAGUUUCAUUAAAAAUUCAAUUGUUUUCUGCAUAUUCACCCACUUGACAUAGUUUCUUCUUCUUCU